AUGUGUGGUAGAUGUUUGGUGUGUGUGUGUGUGUGUGUGUGUGUGUGUGUGUGUGUUAUUCCCCCUCAAAACAUGUUCACAACUCUGGCUAGCAAAUAACUUUUAACUGGCCACCUAUUUUCUCGGUGUGAAUAGCUAAAAUGGUUUCAGCAGCUUUCCCUUGUGCCAUUUCAGCUGCUGUUCUGCAAAAAGCAUCCUCUGAUUACAAUGCUGAUAUUUGUGUAUCAAUGUACUUGUUAAUUAACCCCUUGGAAAAGCUGAGGUCUCAAAAGAAGCUUGGAAAAGCAAGGUCUCUGCUUUUUAUCUAGAUGUUCAGCAAAAUGUACCUUUUUAUUUUUAGUUGGAUAUUAUUUCCCUACACCAAGUCAGUGAAGAAACAUGUUUUGCGAUACUUUGCAAGAAAUGUUGAAGAGAGGAGAAGGUGGAGACACGCAGAAGAAACUAGAAGUGGCCAUGGAGGAGGAAGGUUUAGCAGAUGAAGAGAAAAAGCUACGGAGAUCUCAGCACGCCCGCAAAGAAACCGAAUUUCUGCGGCUGAAGAGAACAAGGCUAGGCCUCGAUGACUUUGAAUCUUUGAAAGUUAUUGGAAGAGGUGCUUUUGGAGAGGUCCGCCUCGUUCAAAAGAAAGAUACGGGUCAUAUUUAUGCAAUGAAGAUACUAAGAAAAGCUGACAUGCUAGAGAAAGAACAGGUGGCUCAUAUACGGGCAGAAAGAGAUAUACUGGUUGAAGCAGAUGGUGCCUGGGUGGUGAAGAUGUUUUAUAGUUUUCAAGACAAACGGAAUCUCUACCUGAUCAUGGAAUUUCUACCUGGAGGAGAUAUGAUGACAUUAUUAAUGAAGAAGGAUACUUUAUCAGAGGAAGAAACACAGUUUUACAUAUCUGAAACUGUGCUGGCCAUUGAUGCAAUUCACCAGCUGGGUUUUAUUCACAGAGAUAUUAAGCCAGAUAAUCUUCUCCUGGAUGCAAAGGGGCAUGUAAAACUCUCUGAUUUUGGACUCUGCACAGGUUUAAAGAAAGCUCACAGAACCGAAUUCUACAGAAAUCUUACACACAAUCCACCAAGUGACUUCUCAUUUCAGAACAUGAACUCUAAAAGAAAAGCAGAAACAUGGAAAAAGAAUAGGCGACAGCUGGCAUACUCUACUGUUGGGACCCCAGAUUAUAUUGCUCCAGAAGUUUUCAUGCAAACGGGUUACAACAAAUUAUGUGACUGGUGGUCGUUGGGAGUGAUUAUGUAUGAAAUGCUAAUAGGUUAUCCCCCUUUCUGCUCUGAAACACCUCAAGAAACAUAUAGGAAAGUUAUGAAUUGGAAAGAGACGCUAGUAUUUCCACCUGAGGUGCCCAUUUCAGAAAAAGCCAAGGACUUAAUUCUAAAAUUUUGCGUUGAUGCAGAAAACAGAAUUGGUAGCAAUGGAGUAGAAGAACUUAAGAGUCACCCAUUUUUUGAAGGUGUUGAUUGGGGACAUAUCAGAGAGAGACCAGCUGCAAUCACUAUAGAGAUCAAAAGUAUUGAUGACACUUCCAACUUUGAUGAAUUCCCAGAAUCUGAUAUUUUACAGCCAGUGCCAAACACCACGGAACCUGACUACAAGUCCAAGGACUGGGUUUUUCUUAAUUAUACUUACAAAAGGUUUGAAGGGCUCACUCAGCGUGGCUCCAUCCCUUCGUACAUGAAUGCUGGAAAGUUGUGAAACACAGCAGAAAUAAAACAAAGAACUCAGGUAGCUUCUGCAUCACCAAGACCCGCUUGGCAUAGAUCUUAAUACACUGAAAUGGUCACAACGAUGGACUGAAACUAGGAAAUUCUACCGGAUUAGGAUUUCUAAGACUACUACAAGAAUUAGUUGGCAGUGCCAGCUGGCUUCUCCCCCCCUCUCUCUCUUUCACUCUUUUUUUUAAUAGUGAAUAUUUUUGUUAACUUUAUUAUAACAAAGGUACUGGAAUAAAAAAGGAAUGGACAUCUUUGUAUCUGCCGUGUGUGUGUGUAUGAAGGUCAAUUAUGCCUCUGUUUGUAUUGUGGCUCUGUACUGUAAUGUGUCUAAUUUGCCCAGGGGUUCAACCCAUAUCACAUUUGUAAGAAGCAACAUUGCUUCUCAGUAAUGUUGCCUGUUGUGUGUUUAACCUGGGCAGGGUUUUAGAUAUGCAGUAUGAAAACCAGAAGCCACUUUUUUGUAACUCUAUUAGAUAGGUUUCCUACAGACGGCAUGUGAUGACAUAAGAUUUUGCCAUGGAACUGCUUGAAACAAAUGCAUAUACUGGUUGAAACAAACUACUUUGAAGGCUAUUCUCUUCAGAUUGGAACUGGUAUAGAAAUGGGACCCGGGACCCAGUAUAUUUAGCAUUAUAAACCUCUGCGGAGAGAGCUGCAAUUCUUUUAUUUUCAGGGAAGAAAUGGUACUGUGAAAUCAAUUAAACUACAGCUUCAUAGUGGAAAACUUCUAGAGAGGAGAAAAAUCUGGGAAACGGACAGGCUAAACAGCAGCCGAACAUGCUUUCGAAAAGCAGUGUACAACCUACCUUUUCUUUCUUUCAUUUUCUUCCUCCUGCAUUAACUUCCCCUUGAUGGUUUGUUGUGCCAUUUUAUUCUGCUCUGAGUACCAAAGAUCCUGAAAUGGCUUGAUUGCAAAUUUAUACAGUUCUGUUUACUAGAAGUAUAUAUGGUUCACUUCUUGUCAACAUGUGGUGUUUAAAGGUAAAGGGACCACUGACCAUUAGGUCCAGUUGUGACCGACUCUGGGGUUGCGGCGCUCAUCUCGCGUUAUUGGCUGAGGGAGCCGGCGUACAGCUUCCAGGUCAUGUGGCCAGCAUGACAAAGCCGCUUCUGGCAAACCAGAGCAGCACAUGGAAACGCCGUUUACCUUCCCGCUGUAGCGGUUCCUAUUUAUCUACUUGCACUUUGAUGUGCUUUCGAACUGCUAGGUUGGCAGGAGCUGGGACCGAGCAAUGGGAGCUCACCCCGUCGCAGGGAUUCGAACCACCAACCUUCUGAUCAGCAAGCCCUAGGCUCUGUGGUUUAACCCACAGCGCCACCUGUGUCCCUUUUAAGAAGAAUUAAAUUACUCACAUGGUUUUAACUUCGGGAGGUGAGGGUUGGGUUGACUAAUAUUUAUAGCUGUUGUUGUUUUAGUACAAGGAAUUGGAGAUGAACUUACAAACUUGCAAAUAUCACAUAGCACAGCCCUCUUUGUAAAUGGACCACUUCAGAACCAGAGUGGUGGACAAGUUGCAUCUUCCAAGUUAAAGAAAAAAUUGAAUAGAGUUCCUGCUUUUAAGCAACUAGCUGCAUGUUGGGAAGAAUUCUAAAAUUCUUUUCCUGCCAUGCUAACUUUCUACAGGUAAUAGAGGUUUCAUGAGAAGUAGCAUACAAAUAUGCAAGCUUCCAUGUUCAUCCCCUAUCUGCCUGUUGGCAGGAGAGCUGUGCAAUGAAUAAAUGGACAGAGUUUUGUAUGGGGAAAUGAUCCAGAACAACCAAUGUUGCCAGUAUUUGAAAUCUAAUAUAGCUAGAGCAAUUGCACUUUUUGCUUUGUUUUGCUAGAGGUUUUAUUUUUUUAAAGGUUGGUUAUACAAAGCCACAGUCACUGGAUGCAGUGAGAGAGAACCUGGUAUUAACCUGAAUUACCCUCGUUAACUGAUCACAGAAGACUUCAUAGGCUGCAUGAUUAAAGUAAUAGUUUUAUUUUAUUUCCCUAUGGUAUCUGGAAUACGCUCCAUUAUCCGAAGUGCUGAAGCACAUCAGAAGGCAGCAAAACUUCCCGCUACUACUGCUCUUCAAGAGGACCUGCUUGUAAACCCAUAUAGCUACUCCCUCCAUGCCAGCCCUCUUGCUUGCUUGUUUGCUUGCUGGCAGUGGGUAGAAAUUGUUGGGACUCCAGCUCCCAUCAGCCCCAGUCAGUAUGGCUAAUCAUUAGGAAAGAUGGGGGCUGUAUUCCAACAUCAGGAGAGUCACAGGUUCUGUAUCUCUGGGCAAAAUAGUAGUACUCUGGGAACUCGUUCUAGUUUUUACAGCAACAGCCCAUGAAAAGAUGCAGAAAACCAUGUGAAUGAGUUUUUGCUUUUUCUCUUUGAUUUAUUUCUUUUGCACAUUUGUGCACAGCUCUUCCCCAGUAAAUAGCCAGUGCUUGAAAAGUACCUUGACCUUGUUUAAUGAUUAAAAUUUCAAAAAAAAUAUCACUUGAUAAUUGAAUGGCAAUUACAAUCUAUAUUUUCUCUCUUUUUUAAAUAUACAAAUUCAUUAGUUGUGGUUUGGGGAAAGUUACACUAGAAAGCAUUAUAAAGAUUUAUAUAAGGCUUUUUACAGCAUAUUAAAUAAACAUGGCAUUCUUUUCUACAAGUUGUAGUUUACAUUUACUGUUGUUUUAUACCCGUGUGAUCUUGGAGGCUCCUCUAAGGCUCUUCAAAACACUUUGCAGCCCCGCCCCACCCCCACAAUCCUGCCUUUUCCAUUAUUAUUAUUAUUGCCAUAAUAGCACUGCAGUGCUAAGCGGCUGCAAAAUGAAAAAUAUUUUCAUUAGAUUUGAAAAUGGGCCCGCCUCAUGAUAGUUUAUUCUGUACAAUAGAAUCCUGAUGGAAUUGCACUUCCAAAAGCUGAGUGAAUAGAAGAAAUCACAGCAUGUAACAAAAGUUUUUUCUGGACUAUUGGUCCAAUGUGGAUGAAAUUGCCAAGGUAUUUAGCCUGUGGCCGCAAGAGCAGCACUGGUUUCUUUAAAAAGGAAAUAUUCAGACGGUAGUGGUGCAAACUUCACAGCUGUUCAGAAAUCUAUGGUACAGCCCUGCAAAAUGUGUGCUGGAAUGCAGGUGGAAGAGUCUGCAACAGCAUUUACCAACCUAGUGCCCUCCAGAUGUUGGACUACAACAAAUUCCAUUGGUCCCAGAUGUCACAUACUAGUUUUAUAUACAUGCACCAUGUUUUACAUGGGAAAGCAUAUGAAAGUACAAUCUUUCAUUGUUUCUAAAAGAGCAUUUUUAUGGAACUGUAGGUAGAUAGGAGGAAUUCUCCACCUGGGUCAUUGCCACAGCUACUAGUCCUCUUGCCUGGAUGUUGUUCAAACAUAACACAUUAAGUACUUCUUCAUCAUGUCACCUUGAUUAAAUAAUGGAAUAGAAUCAGAGAACUGUAGAGUUGGAAGGGACUCCAAGGAUACCUAGUCCAACCUCCUACAAUGCAAGAAUCUCAGCUAAAGCAUCCAAGAGAGAUGGCCAUCCAACCUCUGCUUUAAAAUUUCCAAGGAAAGAGAGUCCACAACCAUCCAAGAGAGUUCAUUCCACUGUCGAACAGCUCUCGUAGUCAGAAAGUUCUUUCUGAGGUUUAGUCGGGAUCUGUUCUGCAAUAUUAAGCAUUUUCUGCUAUUUUCUUUUCUUUUUACAUAUACCUUGGACCAACUUUGUUUUGAUUUUCAUGCUGCCCUGUUCUCCAUUUAUGCUUUUGAACACAUCUGCAUGAGAGCAUUUUUAAGUACUCUCAACAGCUUGCUUCUUAAUUUUAUCAUUUUUUUGUUUCAAAAAUGUAUGCCCCACCUAAUUUUUGAGGAACUAAUGAGGUACAGUAUCAAAACAGGUUUGUUUUUUAAAAAUAAUAAUCCCCAAGCCAAAUGAAGCAUUAAAAACUACAAAACAAACCAACAAACCCAAACACAGAGUGGCUGGGGAGACUCAGCCAGGUGGGUGGGGUAUAAAUAAUAAAUUAUUAUAUAAUAACUCCAAUCUGGCAAGGCACCAGACCCCCCCCAUCAUCAUAAUCUAGAGGUCUUUUUGAAAAAUGACAUGCCUGAAAUACCUAGAGUGGGUGUUCACCACAGGUUGAGGGAGCUGGAAUAAAGUUUCAGAUGAUGCCUAGUUAAUGAGUGGAUCAGACACAUCAAAGAAGCGAUUCAGUUAAAUGUGUUGUAAACUUCAUACAGGGAAAUCCCGUUGGCUAAAGACUGGUCUCCACAGCAUCAUCUGGUGUCAGUGUUAUAAUGCAUAUAAAGCACUUUAUCUUUACCAAUAUAGCGGAGUGUGAGAAAUGUACAAAAGAAAGCGGUCCCAAGUGGUUUGUUUAUUUAGCAAAGUUAUACAGUCAAAAGA